UUGCGGAAUUGAAAAUUUAGUAAUGUGUAUAAGUAAAUGCAACAUGAUAUUCAUCCGAAUAUAUUUCCCUUAUAGGACAAUUUAUGUUAUUGUUUGUGUCAAAUUACAUAUCACCAACGAUACUUCAGUAUGUAAAAGGUUCAUGUAUUACUUCGCGUUUACAUCGCCAAUAUUUCUUUCUCAUAUUGAUCUGCCUCCGACUUUGCGAAACAUCAGAUCACCCUUAUUUACAGAGGACUAUUCUGUUUGAUAAAACAUAAAUUAACUUUAGCGUGCCAUUCCGCAAUUAUUCAACUAACUUUCUUCGUAUGAAGGGUAUCUUUUCAUUUCGAUCGUCACAUACAUUUGUAGCAUUAUUAUACGUUAGUCAAUCUUACGAUCCUGAGUUACGAAAAAGAAAGAAUGCAAAGGUAAAUAUUAUGAUUUCACUGCUUUCCGCGAGAAAAUAUUUUUUACGGAACAGAAUCUUGUUCCUCAAAGUUCACAAGUUCAUUCGAAAACUUCACUGCAAGCGUUCUCACGCACGCAAUGUUUGAAUUCUUAAAGCGCGCAAGCGUAGGAGAAUAAUAAAGUUGAUAUUAUGGCUAGCAUUGCGCUUCCACGACCAGUCGCAAUUGAACUCGCGAUCAGAUUUCUCAUUAACGUUAACUUGCAUAACGGAUGAAGCCAGUGAGUAUCGCAAAACGUUUGUCAGGGUCCAUAAAGAAAUGCCGCGAAAUCUAUACAGUCAGGAAGAUAUCGUAUAUAUCAAGCAACCCACUCGCAAUCUCAUGGUCAUAAUUGGGGUCUGGCCAUCCAGCAACGAAAGAAGAUCUUUGUUCCGAAAAAUUUACAAUUUCGUUUUAAACUUGGUUUCGAACUUUCUUUUCGCUUGCGAGAUUAUACCCGGUAUCAUUUAUUGGUUAAUGGAGGAAUCAGCGCGUGUACGACUUCAAGUGACACCUAUUAUUCUUUAUGCCAUUAUGUGUGCCAUUCAAUAUGAUAUUAUUCUGGCUCGCAAGAGUAAUAUUGGACAAUGCUGGAAGCAUGUCGAGGAAGAUUGGCAAAAUGUUUUCGUCGCAAACGAUCGAAACAUUAUGUUCAGAUGUGCGAAGACUGCAAGGCUCCUAAUCUUAAUCUGUGGUGUCCUUAUGUACUUUGGCGUAACUACGUAUCGAAUAAUCUUGCCAUUGUCGCGAGGAAACCUCAUCACCGAUCAAAAUAUCACAAUCAGACCGUUGGCUUGUCCAGUUAAUUUCUUAUUCAUUGACGUGCAAGUUAGCCCUUUUUACGAAAUAAUAUUUACAUUCCAAUCUUUAACGGGAUUCCUUGUAGUUUCGACUACGACGAGUGCAUACGGUCUUCUAGCAUAUUUUGUGGAGCAUGCCACCGGUCAAAUGAAGAUCCUAAUUUGUUUGAUGAAGGAUCUUGUCCAAGGACAGUGGCAAAAGGAGCAGGAAAUAGAUAAGAAGUUAGCUAAAGUGGUUGAACAUCAAAUAAGAGUGCACAAUUUUCUGCAGGUGGUGCAAUACACCAUGCAGGAAAUAUGUUUGGUAGAAAUAGUGGUGAAUACUUUAUCCAUUUGCUUUAUGCUGUAUUUUACACUCUUGGAUUGGGAUAUUAAAAAUCUUGGAGUUGUAGGUUCUUAUGCAUUUAACAUUAUUAAUAUUACAAUCCACAUAUUUCUCUUUUGCUAUACUGGUGAACAACUUAACAACCAGGUACGUUCCAUAGGCAUUUAAUAUUCAACCUAUAAUUAAGAGCAUGCAAAUAAAACGUAAUGUUUCAUAGUUCAAAAAAUUUACUUUAUGUAAGGGAUGUCUUAUUUAUAAAUGAAGACAUUAAAACAUACUUCAAGUCAUUACUGUAUGCGGAGAAUAAUUUGUAUCUUAUACAAAUAAGUAGAAGAUGUGUUGGAAAUAUAUUGAUUUUUUUCUUGUCGAUUGAAAAUACUACCAAACCGUGACUACGUCGAAAGAAUUGCGCUCUUACUCUGUUUUCGGUAUCAGAUAAAACUCGUUAAUUUAAA